GUGAAACACCCUUUGUGGAUAGUAUGAGGUAUAAAUUUUUGUUACUUAGUUGUUUCAGUCAUGUUUGAUUUUUCAUGACCGCAUUUUGGGGUUUUCUUGGCAAAGAUACUGGAAUAGUUUGUCAUUUCCUUCUCAUUUUAUAAAUGAGGAAGUGAGGCAAACAGGGUAAAGGGACUUGGUCGGGGGGAAUUGUUUGGGGUUGGAUUUGAAUUCAUGAAGAUGAGUCUUCCUGAUUCUGCUCUUUCCAUUGUACCACCUCCAUGACCCUUAAUAUAAAUCAGAGAGAUGUAAAAGGAGUAUCUUGGGGCAGGGCCCAGCUGAGAUUAGGUAACAAAUUUGCAGGGGACCUAGCUGGCUUUUUUGGAGAGGAGGUAGCUGGGAGAAGUAACACCAGAGUUAAGCAUGGGUAAAAUAAGGGGACGAGAGAUUAGGAGUAAAAGGAUAGUGUGUAUGGUACUGAACUGAUGAAGAAUAAAGCUGAGACUGGCUAGGGAGAAAGCGAAGCCUGAGGAGACCCGGGGAAGGACCGAGGAGGGGUCGAGGCUGGGUUUUUAAGGCAUGGGCAAUGGCACAUUGAGAAGGGAUGGGAAGGCGAAGGUUGUGUUUAUUUCAGUGUGACUGGGAGAGGAAGGUAAAUGAAAGACCCGAGGAUGGAAGGAAACAUGAACAUAUAUGUUUGUCCUUUUUAUUUAAAGGUAUAGUUGGGAUAGAGAGGAAGAUGAAGAAAGAGUCGAGAAGAAGUGAUACAGGAGGAAAGAGAAGUAGUCGGAGGUCAGAAACGGGAAAAAUAUUAAAACUUCUAGUGUAAGAAAACCCUAGGCACAUAAUUUCAAGGCAAACUCGGGGGUAGGGCUGAGAAGGGGAGAUGCAGCCAAGAGGGAGCCCUUUGCUCUCCAAGGGACUUCCAGAGGCACCCAAAUGACCCUCAUGCUAUGACCCCGACCCGCACCUCUGAAGACUUCUCUCUUUCAAAUGCCUUCCCUCAGACCUAUCCCUAAAUUAGCCGAGACACGCCCCUUUCCCAAAAGAUCUUCAGGACACCCGCCUCCUCCCUAAAAGAUUCCUCUUCCCCCACAGUGCCCCCCGACACGCCCCUUUUCCAUAUGACCUCGUGACACGGCCCCUCCCUAAAUGACCCCUGUGACCUUCGUUGACCUCCCCGCCCCUGCUUCUUCCCUAACCUCCUACAGCGGGAAACCUGAGGUUCCGCGAGUCCCUUGGGACCAGACACUGCCCCCGCUCUGCCCGCCCUGGCUCCGUCUCUGGUCUCGUGCGGGGAGGCAAGGACGCGGCGGCGGCGGCGGCGGCGGCGGGUGGGGGUGGGGGACGGCGAGCCCAAGCCUGGAGACCGGAAGAAGGCCGGGCUUUUCGGCUCCCUCUUUCCUCACGACUUCUGAGGUUUUGUCGCGACUGGCGCAGUCUGUGACUGCGGCGGGCAGCUGCCUGAGAGGCAGCCCUGUGCCAGUCAAAAUGCCAGUCAUGGUAGAAGACAUUAUGAAACUGCUCUGUACUAUUUCGGAGGAGAGGAAAAUGAAGGCUGCAUUCAAGCAUUCAGGGAAGGGGGCGCUGGUGGCAGGGGCCGUGGCUUUUGUUGGGGGUUUGGUGGGCGGCCCCCCCGGAAUAGCUGUUGGGGGGACAGUUGGUGGCCUACUUGGUGCUUGGAUGACUAGUGGACAAUUUAAACCAAUUCCUCAGAUCAUAAUGGAACUGCCCCCUAUUGAGCAACAGAAGCUUUUUAACGAAGCCUUUGCCAUUAUCAGAGACUUGGACUGGACGGAUGCGGUGCAGCUGACUGCACUGGUAAUGGGGAAUGACGCCCUUCAGCAGAAAUUGGCAUCAGUGAUAGUAAAUUAUGUCUCACAAACGCUUCGAGCAGAAGUACAGUAUGGAGACUAGCCCUCUCCAGUGAAUGGUUUUUACUGUGUAAUGCAGGGAUUUUCAUUUGGAUGAUUUUGAUGACUUUAGUAUAGAAAAAUAGCUAGUAAUUGCUGCUGCUUAUGUUUGAGGUGCCGGAACACCCUCAUUCCAGGUUUCUCCAGAAACCCGUGAUCCUUGAGUUAUCCCCAAACUGGGUUAAACUACCUAAAUUUAUAUUAAAUUGUUGAAGAAGUAUGGUAACAAGUUCCCAUAAUUAUUUAUAAAACAACUGUGGAUCCGGGUCCUACUCAAAAUGAUACCCAUUAAUAUACUUUUAAAGACUGUGAAGUUGUCAAAAACAAACAAAAUCAACAGUAAAGUUUGUGGCAAACGUUAAUUGCACUUUUCUAAAUUCACUUCAUCUCUUGUAAGAGUUUAAAAACAUGAUUGCCUUUUGGACUACUUUUCAUUUUUCCUUCUUGCAAUUACUUUUUUUGUAGCACCUGGGUAGUAGUUUCCUGUUGGUGCCCUCUCUGCCUUCACGGUUUUUAACAGAAAGCAUUUGUGAAAAUGUGUUUCACGUCUUACUUCUCCCUGUCAUUGUAUACCUCCCCAACUUAAGAAUCUGAAUUACCGUGAAAUUUCUCAGCAAGGGGGAAGAGUAAUCUGCUGAUUUCAGCGCAGUCCCAUAGGACUGAAGAAAGAAAUAUAAUAAAGGCUGUUCAGUGUUUGUGUCUAAGUCCCUUGACCUCUCAGUGCCUCGCUUUCCUCAUCUAUAAAAUGAGGGUAAUUAUUAUUAUUUUUUAAUUUUAAGUGGUUAUUUUCAGAGCAAACUCUUGUUAGUUCUUCUUUCCCGGGAUCAUGAGCCACCUCUCACAAAUGUUUCUUUUGACUUGCUAAUUGAUGUGUUGAGCUUCAGCUAUGCUCCACUUAAAACAUUUAGCAAAGAGGUAGUUCUUAUAGCUAAGGAAAAAAUUCAGAUUAAUUUUUUCUGAAUAAACCCUUUUUCUUAUUUAUUUCAUGAUGACCAUUCUAUAAUGCUUUCCAUAACAGUUUACCAGAUGAACUAGAUACCACCAGGACCUGGAAUUAAGGAUUGCGCUGUAGUAUAUAAGUCUUUUUAUGUUGAAAACACACACACAACAAAACUCCCUUGAAUUGGUUUGAACCUAACUUAGACACAAGUUCUUUGGGGAAGUUUAGCUUUCCCCAUCCGGUUACUGCUAAGAUAUAGGUGCAUAGUUCUCUCAGCACCACCACCCCCUAAACCCCCAAUUUCUAGUAGUUGCUGGAAGGCAACUGAAAUUCUUUCAGAAAUUUCCAUGCCCUUAAGACAAGUAUAAAAAAUUUAGAGUAAUGACUUUCUGCUAAGAGCUGUGAUAGUGAUAAGAAGAUAGUCAGUUUGUGAGUGAGGUUAGCUGCUUUACUUAGAGCCUUAGUUUUUCAUUUAGUUUGUGGGUUGUUUUUUUUUUUUUUUUUUUUUUUGAUAGAGAAAAGUUCAGAUUGACCCAAAACUCAGGUUAAUUUAAAUCCAUGGCAUAGAAAAAAGUCAAAGCUAGAAAAUACUGAAGAUGAAACUACAAUGGAAUGGAGACUGUAUUUUUCAGUGAAACUUUUCUUCAAAAUAAGCUUUAUCUUCUAUAUAGAAUACCAUAUCACAGACUGUAUUCUCACUAUUUUCCCCACAUAUAUGGUACUGACAUGACAUAGCAACUAUGACAUUUAAAUGUGUUGUUUAUAAUCGUGUUGGACAUUGCCUCAUUUUUCUUGUUCAUUACCAAACUCCCAAAUGCAAUCACUAAAGAUUUGUAUUACCUGAAGUCAGAAUUUGAACUGUAUGUUUGAUGCUGAGUUUUUUUUUUUCCUGAUUUGUAACAAACUCGUAGAAAGUUGCUUUUUUUUCUAUGUGAAGGGAAAAUUUAACCAAUUUUGAAAAAACAAUAAAGAUCUUUUAGUGUGCAUUUGAA